CUAUGUUCGGUAUGCGGCAUGCUAUUUGUGGUCCUCUUCACGCGGCUACUCUACGUUCUGUUUCAAAUUCAUUACAACGACACUCCGCCCUUUCUCCCCUCUCUCCCUUCACAACCAGUUCGCCUGUUAACCGUUGCUGGAUCAGGCGGUCACACUGCUGAGCUGUUACAAUUACUAACCGCCGCUACAACUGCUCCUUCAUCAAAAACACCGUCUGUGAAUUACAAUCCGAGACACUAUAUCGUAGCAGAUACAGAUAAAAUGAGUCAUAACAAGAUAGAGCUGUUUGAGGCAGGGUACCGGAGACAGGUACCUGAAGGGUACCUAGGUAGAAUACCCGGACAAAGUGUGGUAAUAUCAAAGAUACCCAGGGCUCGUGAGGUGGGACAGUCCUACGUGUCGUCAGUGUUAACAACCCUGUACUCGCAACUGCUCUGUGUACCGCACGUGGUGCACGCGCGACCUGACGUGCUGCUCGUUAACGGACCUGGAACUUGUAUCCCUGUUUGUGUAAUGGUGUUUCUAUUGAGAGUGUUGGGGGUGUGUAAGGGGAGGAUUGUUUACGUGGAGAGUAUUUGCAGGGUCAAGACUUUGUCACUUUCUGCUAAGAUUCUAGUUUUAUUCGCUGACCAUGUUUUGGUUCAGUGGUCCCAUUUAGCGGAGGGGAACUUUAGGUGCAAAUAUAUUGGGAGACUUGUAUCGUAAAUAAUUGUUCGUGUAUUUCUACUUCUUCGAUUCAUUAUUCAUUCA